AAAAAAUCAUAGUGAAGCAGAGUCCUUCAUGUAUGGAUUCAGUCAUCAAUUUCGUGUUUCCUCCUUUAGCCGUAUACGUUCUUUUUGUCUUCUAUCCAAUUUACCAGAGGCUAAAGUCCACCGUCUCCAUCUGCCGGAAUAUUUUCUCCCAAAACGUCGCCGGAAAAGUUGUUCUCAUUACUGGAGCAGCUUCUGGCAUCGGCGAGGCUUUAGCAUAUGAGUAUGCGAAGAAAGGAGCGUAUUUAGCACUUGUUGACAUAAGAGACGAACCUCUCUUCCACGUGGCGGCUCUUACUGAGCUCUAUGGCUCCCCUGAAGUCGUCCCCAUCGUCGCUGAUGUUUCCAAAGACCAAAAUUGCGAGCAAUUUAUCCUAGCCACGGUUCGUCAUUUUGGCCGAUUGGAUCAUCUAGUGACAAAUGCAGGAGUUGCUCCACUCUAUUUGUUUGAAGAAAUCGACGAUCUCUCAAAGGCUUCACCGGCUAUGGACAUAAACUUUUGGGGAUCUGUUUAUUGCACCUUUUUUGCUUAUCCGUACUUAAAGAAGUCUAGAGGAAGGAUUGUGGUGAUUGCUUCUGGAUGUGGAUACAUUGCUUCACCAAGAUUGAGCUUUUACUGUGCCAGUAAAGCGGCUGUGAUGGCCUUUUACGAAACCCUAAGAACUGAGUUUGGAUCAGAGAUUGGAGUUACCAUAGUAGCACCGGGGGUGAUUGAUUCAGAAUUGACCCGAGGCAAGUUCAUGACAAAGAACGGCCAACUCAUAAUCGACAAAGAGCUCAGAGAUGUUCAAAUGAACGUAUUGCCAGUGGAAUCAGCAGAGAGGUGUGCGAAAGCAAUAAUGACGAGCGUGUGCAGAGGAGAUAGAUACUUGUUGGAACCGGAAUGGAUCGGUUCUGUAAUACUUUGGAAAGUAUUCUGUUCAGAGGUAACAGAUUCGUUGGGCCGGUGGAUGGUGAUGGCUGGACCAUCAAUGCCAAUGAUAGAGGCUCCAGGAAAUAAGGUUCUUGAUGUAGCCAAUGCCCUUAGAGACUUAUUCCGCUUACGGCAUUACUAGUAACAUCAAUACUGCAAUCUUUUCCCUUUGCUUUUUGUUACCAAAAAUAUUUCUACGAAUUGAACUGUCAAUUACACAGUACACUAUAUAAGUAUUAUAUAGUUUAUCUACGCAUACUAUUGGUUAUGAUUUGUGAAUCAUAUUAUAGUGACAGAAAUAUUCUAUCAUAUCAUCA